AUGAGUGAGACAUCUCCGAACGCAGCCAAUUCUAACAAUAAAGAUCUCGAAACGAACGAUGAAUCUGCUACCAUGGACAUCAACGAUUGUAAAGGAUUGUUGUCUUUAUUAGACAAAUUAGAAAACUUGGAAGUACCAACUAAUGAUGAUCUAAAAGGACAUGACCAUGUAUUGCAGUUAGUGUUGAAUUAUGCUAAUACAAAUUUUGAAUCAUCAAAGUAUUCUAAUGUAAUAGAUUACACGUUAGUUACAUUACUCAAUUACUCCAACAAGACAGUUCUUGUACCCUGUUUAAUUGAAACUGAUUAUCCCAGAGCACUAUUAAAGUGGCUAAGUUCCGUUUCAAACUUAUCUCCAAAUCUAUUUGUUUUUAUUUGCAGCCAAGAAUCACCAGAGAGUGUUCACCGUAUAGUUGGUACGAUUUAUAAUAUUAGUCGUCAUGAUAAUGGCAUACAAGUUUUAAAUUCUCUUGAUACCGCAGAUAGAAUCAAAGAAGUUCAGACGCAUAAUGAAGAUCCAGAAGUAAAUAUCGUUUGCUCUAUGAUUGUGGCUCUCCUGUCAACGUCUGAACAAAUUAAAAAUGAUCGUAAACGAAUGAACAAUAUACUUGAUCAAUUAUUACAAAUUGUUGUUGAUACAUCAAAAAGAUCACCCCGUUAUCAAUGUGGAGGGUGGCACAUCUCAGAACCAUUGAUCGUUUUAGUGAGAUUAAUUUGUUAUGAUCGUACACUUGAUUACAUCUUACAACAUGCACAAGUUGAAUUCGGGACAUCUUCGACAGCUGAAUUUUUGAUCAAAAUAUUAUCGAAAUUCCACAAAGAAGUUAGCGCAGAUGAUCCUCUCAAGCUAUCAACCUGUACAGCACUCUGCAAUAUUCUGUGGAGUAUUUCACUUCGUCCACAGUAUAAACAGGAAUUACAAGAGAAUGAAGAAUUCAAGUUGUUGAUUGAGAAAAUAGCCAAUGAGGAAGUUGUCACUAAUUCUGCUCAGUACGUACCAAAAUAUAUCGAAAAUAUUCAGAAAGCUGCUGAUGGAAUUCUGUGUAAUAUAAAGAACAAUAACCAAGUGAAUAUUCCAACUGUGACGGUAUAUGAACGACGUAAAUCUGUAGUUGAGGCAUUAGUUCCACCUACGUUGACAGACAGCAAGCCAUCAGUUAUGAUUAGUUAUGCCCAUAGUGAUAACAACGUUUGUACGCAAUUGUACAAUGAAUUAGUGAAAAGUAAUCAACAAUUUGAUAUUUGGAUCGAUUGGAAAAAUACUAAGACAGGAUAUUUAUGGGGUAAAAUAGCUGAUGGUAUAACAGAAUCAAGUGUAAUCUUGUGUCUAUUGUCGAACAAAUAUUAUGAAAGUAAAUCGUGUCAACAGGAAUUUGUCUAUGCUCAUGAUAUUCUCAAGAAACCAGUGAUACCUGUUUAUAUAUUGGAUGAUAAACCACCUGGCUGGUUAGCAAUCCAUACAUGUAUCAUGAAAUAUGUUCGUUUUCGUAAUACGAAACAGCUGGAACAAGAGAAAUUAAAAGAUUUGAUUGAAAUGAUCAAUGAAAACCUAUCAGGAACAAGUUCUAAAACAAACGUAGAUUUGCUUCCACCCGCUUCAGUGCCCCUUCAUCAUGACCUGUUACCGGUUGCACAAAAACCGAAAAAAGAAGAAAAAGAAUUGAAACCGAACACAUUACAUGAAGAGACGAAUUCACGGCCGAAAACUGAUCUUUCUCGAAAACUAGUCGAGAAGUGGAAUAAAAGUGAUAUUGAACAAUGGUUUCAAGAGAAUAAAAUUUCAAUGGACCUAUGUAAGUUAUAUCAAUUCGAAGAUGGUACUCAACUACUGAGUUAUGCCGCUAGCAUUUCGAAUGACGAAAAAAUCGAAUUACAAUGUAAAUUGUAUUCUGAUGAAUUUGCUGAAGUGUACAAAGGUAAACGACUCUUACCACAUAAAUUUACAACGUUUGCCUAUGCUUUGCGAAAACUAAGUUCCGAACAAGUUAAAGCUAAACUUGAAACGAAACAGAUCGUUAAUCAUCCUGCUACAGAAAAAUCAGCUGAAGUAACGGGAACGCAAACGUGUGAAAUAUUAUAA